UCUUCUUCUUCGGAGGUGUGUAAUUUUAGUUGUAAACAACCUAGGGUAGACGUUUCGGUUUAUGUCCUUGGGUAGCCGAAUGUCAGCGUACUAUGCAUGCAUAUAAAUCAUGGAUCCGGAUAAAACGCUUGAUAAUUUCCGCAAGGAUUGGAGAAGUGAACUAGCUAAGAAAACUUCAGGGAAGAAGUCAGUGCCGUUAGACAGUGGUAGCGAUUCGUCUGUUGCAACAAGGCAAGGAAAAUCACACCCAGAUCAUGAACUUGAAGGACAGUCAUCAUUAUUGACGUUGGAUGACAGACCGGUAGCAGGUUCUUCAACGAAUCAUGAGAAAUUUGAAAUCACUAGCCAAACUCUAUGCAAUAAAUGCUCACAAAAUCAGAGCAAAAAGACAAAAGAGUCGACUGGAGUUCUGAAUUAUUUAGGUUCAAAUGAAGACACAGAGAGAACUCUUACAUAUUAUCCUUUUAAUAUUGUACAUAACUUAUUAAAUAAAUCAAAUCCGUCUAAAGGUUCAGGCAAUGAUGAAAGGUCUGUGGAUAGGAUAAAAUACAGAGCUGACAAGUGUUGCCUUUGUGGAGGGACUGUGGAUGAUGUGCGUGGAUUGAAGAGAUCACUAGCUGUGUCAAAAGACUCAAAUAAAUAUGUUAAAGAAAGAAUUGAAGACGUUUUCAAAAGAAAAAGAACUAACAGUGAUGACUUUUCAAAGGAAUCCCUAUUAGAUCAGUUUUUAUUAGACUUGAACGAGAUUGAUGAGAUACCGUUCUUUGACAUAACUUUACCGAGAGAAGUUGCAGUAAAGAUCUUCCAACAUCUUGACAUAAAAGAUUUAUGUAGAUGUUCUCAGGCGAGUCGCAGUUGGCGAAGUCUAGCUGAUGAUGAACUCCUGUGGUGUAACCUCUGUCACAGCCUGGGAUACGAACAGAACCAGGUGACGAGGGACCGCGGUCAGUGGAAGGCCAUUGUUCGGGAAAACAUCACAAAAGACAAGCAGAUCCUCUCCAAUUGGAAGAAUCGUACGGGUAACCAGACAUCACUACAGUAUGUCCAGGGAGGCAUUCUGUGUGCUGUUAACUCACACAACGACACUGUGGUAGCAGGGUACUCUAAUGGGGAUGUGAAGAUGUGGGACCUUGACCUUGAAGAAAGCUGUACGUUGAAGCCUUCAAAUAGGUCCCUGCUCAUCAACGAAGGACAGGACGAAGGAAUAAUCUCUGUUGAGGUGUCACAGCUGGAGGUCACACCAACACUGGCUGUAGCCAGCUACAAACAAGGAAACAUUGACAUUUGGAGGUUAAAGGAUGAAAAUAACAUCAAUCCUACAUUUACUUUACCACGGGAGGCAAAGCCAAACAAAUUCUGUGUCGCCAAGUCAUGUGACAUGGUAGUUACGGGGAACAGCAUGGACGUUAAUGUGUACACGUACACAAACAAUGGCUUCCAUCUCCACAGCAUGCUUAACCGGUACUCAGGAAAACAGGUGUCCCACCUGAACAUGUUGGAGGUCGGAGGUGAGGAGCCCCAGGUAUUCAUCACCACCCUGCGGGGGGAGCUGUACCUACAUCGUCCGGGAGAGACCGCAGAAGAGAUGAGGGAGUACACAGACAACCAGGACCAACUCUAUACCAGCGGGACCGUCGGCUGUGUUGAUGUGAGGGUUGAUCCUGCUCUGGUAGCCGUCGGACAUGCCACCAUCGGUACUGUGUAUGACAUAGAAACAGCGAAGGCACUCAGACUAUUGACAGGUCACAUGCAUAUCAUCACCUGUUUAAAUCUGGUAGACAGUCCUCCUUACCAGCUGGUAACAGGAAGUAUGGACCGAAGGUUGCGGAUAUUUGAUCUGAGGACAGACCAGGCCGCCACUGUAUUAUCUGGCCAUACAAGCUUCAUAACGACAGCUCAGAUGGACGAUUGGAAAGUGGUGUCUGGGGACGACGGGGGGUUUGUGUGCGUGUGGGACCGUCGUAUGUCGACCAGGCUGUGGGAAUGGCACAACAGACAUCCCGUGCGAUAUUGCCACUUUUACAAGCAGCGUCUGAUUGCUGGCAAUGUUCCAGGCACAACCAAAAAACUUGGGGAUGACCAUUUGGCACACAGAAGGUUUCGGGGCUCUCUGCACGUCUGUGAUUUCUCUGCUGAUCAGACAACACAGGACCUACCCGAGAUCUGCCACUCGACCUAUGAUGAACCGGAGGCCUACAACUACAACAUUAGACUUGCAGUCCCCUACGACAACAUCUGAAUUUGGACAUCCUGGAAGCCUGUUUAAUUGGUCCCAAGACAUUGUUAUCACCUAUUAUUGCCAAUAGAUAAGUUAUGUCAUACCUAGUUAACUGUUAACACCUAUUAUUGCCAAUGGAUAAGUUGUGUGGGACCUAGUUAACUGUUAACACCUAUUUUUGCCAAUGGAUAAGUUGUGUAGGACCUAGUUAACUGUUAACACCUAUUAUUGCCAAUGGAUAAGUUGUGUCAGACCUUAACUAGGAGUCUUGACGACUUGUUCUCCAUCCAGUUAUCGGCACUGCCUGAGGGGCGGAGUACCAACUUUGAGAAACUGACUUUGCAGAAAAACUAAAUUAGCCUUUUGUUCAUAUGCUGUGAUAUUUAACAAGAAGAUUUUUCUGAAAUGUAUUAAAGAGAUUUCGAAACUUUUAUUAGAACCUUUUUGAGACAGUUUUCAUGUGUUGUAGACUUGUAACCUGUUUUUGAUCUUAUAAAGAUUUUGGAAUCAUUUUUUGAAAUGUAUUUAUUGGCAUGUUUGUUUUGACUAGACGUCUUAUAACAUCUAGCUGGUAGUCAGCAAUAUGUUGUCGGAAGCAUAAUUUACUCACUUUUUCAUCAUAGUUCACCAAACUUGAUAAGGCAGAGUGUCGCACAUUAUCUUAUGUCUCAUACCAUAACUAACGUAUAUAGCAUUGAAGGCCGUUUAUCCUUUAGAUAUGGAAGUUCGCCUAAAAAAUUGUCUACAAAUUCUCUUUGGUACUAUGGUAAAAACAUCCUUUAAUCCUGGAAUAUCAUACAAGUUAGAAAGAUUAUCACAUUACAGAUGUGUAUAUUGUUCUGUCCCUGUAGUACAUGUACCCUCAUUGUAUUUAUCAUCUUUUCAUCUUUAUUAUACCCCCCCGCAAUGAAGUUAGGAAGCGAUUCAGCUUGUCUGUCCGGACAAAUUUUUCUCCGGACAACGCCUUCUAAAGCAAUGGACCAAUUACCACCACCUUAUUUUAAGCAUCCAGGUAUUGUUUUUUCAUUCUGACCCAUUUUCACAAAGUUAUGGCCCUUUGUUAAAUUAUUCUGAAAAUAUUUAUCCAGACA